AUGAACGUCAGCAGUUCCUUCCGACCAUUGGGCUCAUUAACGGCCCAACUGGGUCGUCUGUCUGUUGGGCUUUCGAGGACAAGCAUCAGGCCAGCAUCGACGGUGGAUCAGCCGCUGGCGGUCAGAGAGGUCAGGGAGACGAAGAAGUCGAAGAAGAAGCAGUCGAAGCCGAGGAUAGAACCGAAGUUUGAGCCCGGCCAUGGCGAGAAGAUCUGGAUCUUUGGCAACUUUGUCAACGGCAUGACUGUGUACUCGCACAGCCCCGUAUUGAAGGCAAACAAAGCUCUCCGCCAAAUCCCUUUCGUAAGCAAGAAGCUCAAGCCCUCCAAGAUACGCAAGGACUACUGGCUGCCAAUGGCCAUGAUCCAAUUCCCCGAGGGCAUGGGACACAUCGGCCGAUCCGUCUUCCACAUCAUGCGCGAGUUCAGGAUGCAGCACGACCUGGCCUGGGGCGACAACAUGCUGCAAGACGACGAGACGAACCGCAUGCUCACAAAGCAUGAGCGCGGCGAGAAGAUUUACGAGCAUCAGAAGGCCAACGCGGUCGCAGAUAUGGCCGCCGUGCUUGGCGGCCUCGGAAAGGGCAACAAGAUGUGGCUGCCCGUGUUGCAGGGCGCAGAAGACCUUGUUGACACCAGCGGCGAGACCAGGACGGACGAGCAAACAGGAAGCACGGAAGGUCUGUUGAAGACGCAAAUUUUCUGGAAGAAUGAGCUGGACAAGAACUACGCCAAGGCGUGGCCGGUAAAUGUUUCGCACAGUUCAUUCGCCGAGUCAAUGAGCGUACCAAUUGGGCAGGCUCAGGAAGGAUUGGCACCGGAGGAGUUGGUGGCGGCAGAGGAGCCAAAGAAGACUUCAUGGUUCAGCAGAUCAUAA